AUGGACCCGUCGCGGAACCUGGCCCUGCACAACGCAAAGCUGCAAAUCAUCUUGUCCAACUGGCAGACGUCACAAUCUGCCCCCAGCCCUGAGAGUGAAAGCGAGAUUGAUAUGCCACCACCACCUGCAUAUCACACCGUCGCAGACCCGACAGAGUCGCUUCCCGAAAUGAUGCACCGACUGUACGAUGCGGAAGAGGAGGAGGUGAAGGAGACAGAAAUGCCAGAGAUCAAUAUCAAUGCGACGACGCAGAUCAGAGGCCACGGCAAUAUUAUCAGCAUCGCGCAGAUGGACAGCAUGCGCGUUGCGAAUCUGCUUGCCAUAUUGAUCCAUGGGGGAAUCCCGCCGCAGACACAGACGAAUGUGCAGGGACGAGAAGAGAAUGCGCCUGCGCCUAGCAUGACAGACAGACCUGCGCAGGAGAGGAGAGAGCUUCCGAAGAUCAACAUCAACAUCAACUGCGGCGCUACUGUCAUUGGGGAUCGAAAUAUUGUAGGGCCGGGUCUGGGCGAUAUAGCGAGACACAUGCAAUUGGCGCAGCAGCGACAGCAAGCGCAACAGCAGCAGCAGCAGCAGCAACAACAACAACAAAACCAAGCGAAACUCGACUCACGGACUGCGCAGCCACCGCGCCCUGUAUUCGGAUUUCCGGCUCCCACUCAAGCUCCGUUGGUGACGCCACCUAUGAGUCGCAGCUCGAGCUUUGGGAGUGAGGGCUCUGGUGGGGUGAAGAGGAAGGCCGAAGAGGGCCGUACGGAGAUGCCUGUGAAGAAGGAGAAAUGUAUGUGA